AUGGACCCUCAGAAAUUUACAGCGUAUCCAUCUCUCGCCGCUGUAGAACAACUCAUCAUUCGCGAGAAGCGAGGCAACUGCGUUCCAAUAUUUAUCCAGCUUCCUGCAGAUCUUAUCACACCAUGUAUGGCAUAUCUUCGAGUAGCCAAAGACUCCAAGUACAGCUUCCUACUGGAGUCGGUUAUUGCGGGGGAGAACAUCGCCAGGUACAGUUUCGUCGGCGCAGACCCACUGAAGGUCAUCAAAACUGGACCGAACGAGGAAUUUCAGGGAGAUCCACUUUCUGCUCUACAACGCGAGCUCGCCGUUCACCAAUAUGUGAAAAUUCCUGAAAUUCCAACUUUCACCGGAGGCGCGAUCGGAUACGUGUCCUAUGACUGCAUACAGUACUUCGAGCCCAAGACUGCUCGACAACUCAGUGAUCCUUUGUCUAUCCCGGAAUCUUUGUUUAUGAUUUGCGACACCCUCCUCAUUUACGAUCACCUAUUCCAGUCUAUCAAGAUCGUCUCUCAUGUCUUCUAUCCCAAAGAUGCCGGCACCACCAACCUUCCUUUCGUAUAUCAAACUGCUCAGUCAAAAAUCCGUCGGCUAGCAAAAGUACUUUUGAGUCACACAACUCCCGAAGUACUGCAGCCUCCAAUUACGUUAGGAAACCAAGCCGUAUCCAACAUAGGCAAAGAAGGCUAUGAGUCAUUUGUAACCAAGCUCAAGGAGCACAUUAUUGCCGGUGAUAUCAUCCAAGCAGUUCCAUCUCAAGCGCCUUGCUCACAUCUUCGCCAAGUCAACCCUAGCCCUUAUAUGUUUUAUUUGGAUUGCGGAGAGCUCCAGAUAGUCGGCGCCAGCCCAGAGACUCUUUGUAAAGUGGAAGCAAACAAGGUCUACAACCACGCCAUUGCCGGGACCGUCAAGAGAGGAAAGACUCCAGCAGGCUACGAGCUUGCUAAACAGCUCCUUUCAUCUGAAAAGGACCGAGCGGAACACAUCAUGCUUGUUGAUCUUGCCAGAAAUGACGUUAAUCGGGUUUGCAAGCCGGAGACCGUGAAAGUUGAUCACCUUAUGGCGGUACAAAAAUUCAGUCAUGUCAUCCAUUUAACGUCCCAAGUUUCGGGAAUGCUGAGGGAAGGGUUCUCGAGGUUCGAUGCUUUCCGCUCCAUAUUCCCCGCGGGAACUGUAUCGGGAGCUCCUAAGAUCAAAGCCAUCGAACUGAUUGCCGAACUAGAGGGCGAACGGAGGGGAGUUUAUGCCGGUGGCGUCGGACGUUUCGACUUCGCUGAUGACGAAAUGGACACAUGUAUUGCUAUUCGUACAAUGACAUUCAAGGACGGGGUUGCCUACUUACAGGCAGGAGGAGGCAUCGUUUUUGACAGUAUGGAAGACGAGGAGUAUGUAGAGACCCUCAACAAACUGGGAGGCAAUCUGCGAGCACUGAUUGAUGCAGAGAAAUACUGGAGUGAGAUUCAAGCGUCACAUCCAUUACAACGUUGA